AAAUCAAGGAAUUGGGUUUGUACAUCAUGAAGAAUUUCAUGGUUUGUCCAAAUAAGGAGAAACUGAGGACCAAAGACCACAAGUGUAAGUUGAUUUUCACGCAGAAGACCAUUGUUGAGGAAAUACAGGAUCUAUAUUUCAACAUGUGUAUCUUCAAAUUCAGACCCUAUGAGCAGUUGUCUAAUCCACAGGACUUUGACGACACCGAACUAUUCGAUGUUAUCGGCCAAAUUGUGAGUUAUGGGGACGUACAGUCUGUCAACCAAGAUGGUAACGUCCGGAUGUUCAUGAACGUUGAGCUGCAGGAUUAUAAGAGCAACAACAUAUCUGCAACAUUUUGGGGCGACUUUGUGGAACAGAUCAAGCCACAUUUGAUUGAAUCGAAUGAUAAGCCUGUUGUCGUCGUCAUGCAGUUGGUUAGAGCACAUCGAUUUCGAGAACAAUAUUCAGUGAGGAACACUUGGCACGUUUCCAAGCUUUGGAUCAAUUCAGAUCUUCCUCAAAUUCUUGACUUUAGCUCCAGAAUCGUCUCAGUGUGUGGAGAAAGCUCGCAAAUAAUUACUCAAAUUUCGUCUCAAAAGACUCAUUCUAUUGAAGAUGAAUUAGCAUCUGGAAGUGUUGGAUUUAAAACUAUUGAGGCUUUGAUUGACUCUAAGCAUCCGGGAAACUUCUGGAUUGUAGCAACCAUUGUAUACAUAGACCUAGAGCACGGAUGGUCUUAUUUAGCAUGCAAAAUGUGCGCAAAGAAGGUUGAGCCAGAGGGGAAUAAGUUCUAUUGUAAAAAAUGCGGGCAAGUUCCAUCUGCCAGUCAUCGGUUCAAGCUAAAAUUAGGAGUGAUAGAUGAUACCGGUACAAUUAUUUUGAUGAUGUGGGAUAGGGAUGCAACAAAAAUGAUCGGAAAGUCAGCAAAUGAUUUAAAAAAUGUUGUAUCUGAGACUUCUGGUGCUGCAGAUGACUCUUCAAUACCAAUAGAGAUAGAAAAUUUUAUUGAAAAAAGAUACAUGUUUAAAGUGGAUGUUCAGAACUCCAACUGUGAGAAUCAAGAUGAAGUCUUUAAAGUUCUUACGUUUACUGAUGACGAGGAUAUUAUAGAAAAAUAAAUUCCUUCUCCACGUGCAGAGACAUUCAAAGAUCCAGAUUUCAGUAAUAACCAAGUCAGUCAUGAAGAUAACGAAAUCACGGAUUCUACUGAAGAUGCUGAGUUGAUCGACAUCGCAAGUACACCUGUCAAGAUAGCUAUCACUGGUGCCGCGACAGUGGUUGAAGAAGAUCCAGUUGCACAGUUGUCUGGAAACAAGAUCAAAAGAGUAUUUAAGAAGAAGAAGAUAGCAUAAUGUGCUAGCAUAUGUAACCCUUGGAAAAACUAAAAAUUGCCUGCUUAUUUAGUUUGGUAGUUUCAUUAGUACUUAUGAACAACGUGUUUGAAUUAUUUCAUGUUUUUUCUGGUAUUGAAAUUCUGCUUUUUAGAUAGUUUGAUAUUUUCCUUAGUUAUCAACGUGAUGUCUGAAAUGUUCUGAAAAUGUGUUGAAA